GGGACCGUGUGAUUGGACGCGGCAUGUGUCACUCAUUGGCCGUGGGAACCCUACGGUUGGGCAGCUCUGCUCCGCCUCCUUCGAACUGGCAGCCGCUGAAGCUAGCAGCAGAGCAACUGUUACUUCGGAUGCACACAUUGAAUGAAAGUCGCUGUGACGUUAGCAGGCGGUUGCCACCAGCAACUGGGAAUAUCUCCUCGCCGUUCAAUUGUUUUAUCCAGGCACUUGGUGCGACUGUAUUAGCAGAGAUUAUUUUACACGUUGGCAAGACUCGGGCUCAGGGCAUUUGUGGAAGGGGAAGGACCGUCGCCUGUGUGUGGCAAUGCAGCGGCUCACGGCGCAGCUCGUCGCCGGUCUGGUCGCGGCGGUGCUGUCGCUGCUGGCGGAGCGGUGCUGGGCGGACGGCGGGGGCCUCAGCCUGGCCGAACGGGUUAUAUGGGCUGUAAAUUGUGGCGGUGAAUCGCACGUGGACGUGCACGGUAUUCAUUUCAAAAAGGACCCGCUGGAAGGAAAGCUUGGUAAAGCAUCUGAUUAUGGGGUGCGUCUGCCAAUACUGCGCUCCAGUACAGAGGACCAGAUUCUGUAUCAGACAGAGCGCUACAAUGAGGACACUUUUGGAUAUGAUAUCCCUAUACGUGAGGAAGGAGACUAUAUACUUGUUAUGAAGUAUGCAGAAGUUUACUUCGCCCAGUCACAGCAAAAGGUGUUUGACGUCCGUCUAAACACCCAUGUGGUGGUAAAGGACCUGGAUAUCUUUGAGCGGGUCGGUCACAGUACCGCUCACGAUGAGAUCGUGUCCUUUUCGAUUAGACGGGGCAAGCUGAGUGUGCAAGGAGAGGUGUCCACUUUUAACGGCAAGCUCACUGUGGAGUUUGUAAAGGGUUAUUAUGACAACCCCAAGGUCUGCGCUCUCUAUGUGAUGAAGGGGACAUUAGAAGAUGUGCCAAAGCUCCAGCCUCACCCUGGCUUGGAGAAGCCAGAUGAAGAGGAGGAUGAAGAGGAGGACAGUGAGCCCGGCGAGGAAGGCGGGAAGAAAAAGGUCCCGGCAGGUUCCAAGACCAGGGUCCAGUCAGGGCCCCGGACACCGAACCCGUACGCAGCCGACAACAGCAGCCUGAUGUUCCCCAUCCUCGUGGCGUUCGGGGUCUUCAUCCCCACACUGUUCUGCCUCUGUCGGCUGUGAGCCACAACCAGCGGUCGAGGGGACGGAGUGAUGCUUUGGAGCCAGGGCAUGGGGGUUGUGGGUGGGGGGUUGGGGGACGACCAGGUGGCAACAGCAGCACAGGUAAAGGCGCACAGGGGAGAGAAAACUCUGAGAACAUCUUGACAAAGGAGGACAAAAAGAGACAAUAACUUUUGGGAAAGCAGCUUUGCGGCGACGCAAAAUCUUCGGUUGAAUUCUGCCGCCAAUGUAGGAAGCGGGUGCUCCUUUGUGAAUGUUUAUUUCGCAUCCACCUCUGCUGACGGUUUUGAUGUUAUUCAUUUUCCGUCAGACUGUGUGGGAUUUUCAGAUGCUGAUCUUCACGGUUUGAAACCACAUUUCAGCGAGUGAGAGAUGCUCGGGAGUGAUGCGUCUGGGCCCUUUUCUAAACUAAAAGCAUUGUUUUCUACUGGGUGGGGGGUAGCAAGCGCCCUCCGUUUUACUCUCCUGCGUCUGGUCAGACGUGAUCCCUAAAAUUAGAAACGGUGCUGCUUAGAAAUUGGUUGAAUAUUUAGUGGAAAUACAGUUGCCAUUUAAGAGGCCUCCAUUUUUGUCAACUUGUCGCAUUUCUGUGUCUUUCUACUUCGAUCUAGUCGGUCCAUUGACGUGCCAUCAUCUUCUUGCCAUAAGUUUUGAAAAAAAAGAACAAAUCAGCUCUGUUGCUGGCGGGAUUAUUUGCUGUCUAAAUUGGUUUGCCUUUCUACAGUCCUUUUUUCAGGGGGUGCAAAAUCUGUUUUGUGAAAACGCAUGAUAUUAUUUGUCAUUGUUCCAUCAAACUCGAGGCCAUUCGACGUGUCUUCAACAGUCAACCCAAACUCUUUUGUACUUUAGCUUUUUCAAGAAAGGAUCCAUUUUAAAGUUCAAACAUUAGUUUCUUUAUGUAAGAGACACACAAGUUUAUGCUGAAGCUUAAGUGAGUAAGUCUUUACAUUACUCUGUAAUCUGUGAGCUUUUGUUCUUUAAUCAUUAGACCCGCCGCUUUGUUUCACCAAAGAAUGUCUUUUUUCAAAUUUGUUAGGAAAAUAUCUUGGUGGCCUGUUUUAAUUUGACAAACCUCUUGUAAAAUACAAGUUUGGGAGGGUUCUGUGGCAGGUGGUUAAAAUUGGCUACAUGUGGACAUACUCUACCCCCAAUAUAUUCAGAUUGAACCCAUAUAGAGCAAUAGGGUUGGCUGCAUUUUAUAUUGGGGGCUAACCAGGUGGAUGGUAUUAUUUUUAAAUGUAAUUUACAGAUUUCUGUAUUUAAUUUCAUUUUGCUGUGUUGACUCUGAUGGGCCAUGAACAUCCUUCCUUCAUGUUAUUUGAAACCGAGAGAACAGGCGUCUGCUGCUCCAUGUUGAUGUAAUAAACCGUGAAGAAUCUGUGCUAGUCAAUUACACGCGUGUCACACAUCCCUAAAGUUGCUCUGUGCGUUACCAGAAGUUCAUCCACGUAGUCACAGAUGAGACGGCGCAACAUGAUUGGAAAUAGAAAAUCAAAUGUUUAAUGAUUUUUAAAAACAAUUAAUUGCAUUUUCCAAAAUCUUUACUCUUUUAAUACUGUCUUCAAACCUUCUUAAUGUUUUUUUUGUGCAAUUAAGCUACUGGCCCUUAAACAGAUGGAGGAGACAUUAUCAGAGUCUGGGACAAUGAUGUCCCCUUUUUUUGCUUUCAAUGAGGUCUGAAAAGCAGCUUUGUUCUUCCGUUCACUGGCGUUGUGUUGUGAAGCCUCCUGUUUAUGUAUCUAGUUACAUCCCAUAAGUGCUUAGCUCGACCCCCCCUCCCCCAAGGAGGAUUCUGUAACUUUCCCCCAACAAACCCUGCCUGUAGCAGCGUUGCCAUGUGCAGCUUAAUAAUUAAUAAUUCAUGGGUCCUUCUCGAUUCUGCUUCCCAUUUUGAUUGAUGGUGAGCAAGAAGUAAAUGCCAAUCGUUUGUGUUUAGAAUUUUGUUCUCCUUGAUUUUUAUUUUUUAAGAUUUAAACGUAACACAUUUAAGACAUAAGCACCUUUUUUAGGGGUGGAUUUCCUCUGAAAAGAUGCAAAAUUGUUUUAAUUCAGCACCAAAGUCCUUGUGUUCUGCCGGUCCACACAGCUGCGUGUGUAUAUAAGGUACUGAAGCACACUCCAAUAGUGUGGCGGCCGCUUUGCUCUCCUCACUUUUGUGCCGUCGUUGAGGUUCAAGGAUUUCUUUGAUGAUCUCUUCAUGAUGACUUUGUGGCCUUUCGUCUGGAGGAGGAACACUUGCUGGUACAGAGCAUACACAUUUUUAGGCACUGUCUGAUGAACUGUCAGUCAAAUAAAUUCUUUGUCUGAAAAUAUGAGAUCUUCCAUUCUAUAUAUAUUUAAAAACAUCAGAGCGGAGCUGAUCUGGAGAUAUUUUAUAAUACGCUUGGAUUUGUAUGUUUUUGAGUUUGUUUGUUUUUUCUUCCUCAGGAUCUAUUUUGUUUGGAGUUUUUGAAACUUGAUAUUUUAUUGGUGUGACAUUUUGCACUGCCUCGUGUAUUUCAAAAUUAUGUAUUUUGUGUGUGUCUUUUGCCUUGAAUUAUUGAAUACAUUGUGCUUUACUAUCAUUUGCCUUGAGGUUACUCUUCUGAUGGAUUGUAUCAGAUUGGCUCCGCCCCCUCUUUUAAAACACUUUUCCCGGCUCUAUUACACUUAAAACACCUCUUGUAUUGAGGGAUUUCUGUAAGGAAUCAUAAACAUCAACUUUUUAUUUUUGUGCGCAAACCCAGUAAAAACCAAAUGGAUCAGGAUUGUAAAA